UUCCGUCGAAGGAGUCAAGACGAUCAAGACAAAUCGAGUACAAUCAGUAACAAAAAUGACGGUGUGUCUCGUCCGUGGUUAUGAAAUAUUUUAAUUGCAAGCUAUUGAUUAUAUGGAGAGACGAUGUCAGAAUUUGAAAAAGGAAGGGACAUGAGACAAAAGAAGUACUUUUCUGUGAAUAAGGACAGGAAAGAUGGAAACCGGCGACUGCCAAUCAUCCUAGCAAAGCCUGAGCGAGACAUUGAGAGGGAUAAGGACAGGACAGGAGACAAGAGCAUGGGAAAGUCCUUAGAGCGCCCACAGUCCCAGCCAACAAUAAUCCUUCGCACAAGGGAAGGAGAGAAUAGGGCUGUUUCUCCAAGUCAGCGUCCAGCUGCUGUUCUCAGGAAGGAAUGUGAAGCGCAGCAACCACCACUGUACCACCUUGCGGCCAAGCAUGCCGGAGGAGAGAAUGUUAAUCCUCUGGCUCCACCACCAGAGAUGAAGGGCAGCAUCAAGUUGGUGGAUGAAACAUUCCUAUUUUGUGAUGGGCCGUUGGAGUUUCUACUAGACCAAAAUGACUUCAUGGUGGUUGGCUGUUUGGGACUGCAGGGUGCUGGGAAGUCUACCCUCAUGUCUGUUCUGGCAGGCAACCAUCCUGAUGAGGCCAGCAAGAACUUCUACUUCAAGCCACAGAGCUUAGAGCAUCAUGAACUGGGUGGACACUGCACAACGGGUGUCGACCUGCUUGUGACAUCAAAUAGGGUCAUCCUGCUGGACACACAGCCCAUGCUUUCAGCCUCAGUAAUGGACCGGUUGGUGCAGCAGGAGAACAAGAAGUUUUCUGGAACAGAGUUCGCAUCCACAGAGAAUGCCAUGGAGAUACAGUCCUUGCAGUUGGCUGCAUUCCUUCUCUCUGUCUGUCACAUUGUCAUAUUUGUGCAGGAUUGGUUCUUUGACCCUAACUUUCUCAGGUUCCUCCAGUCAGCAGAGAUGCUGAAGCCUUCCACUCCUACCACAUCACAAGAUGAGGAAAUUAUUGAGUACUUUCCACAUUUGCUGUUCUUGCAGAAUCGUGCUACCACCACUGACUUUAGUCCUGCGCAGGUCAAGUUGAUGCAGACCGUGUACAACCGAACGUUCUUGAGGUCAAGACUUCAGAUCCAGAGUGGUAUGGGUAUUGCCACAGGGAAUGUAAUCAACUUCCUGACUCCUGCCACAUGUGGAGAAGCCAUCAACUUGUUCCUGUUACCAGAAAUUGGAGAUAUAGAGGAUGGUCAUUACAGAGGUCAUCCUGGGUUCACUGAGCUACUGUCAAAAUUGCGGAACCAGAUCCAUGGAGUCACACGCCAUCCCAUCACACACAGCACUCUCUCUGAGAAGAACUGGUUCCACUAUGCAUCUAAAGUAUGGGAUGGAGUUAAGAAGAGUUCAUUCUUCCUGGAGUACAGCCGACUUUUGCCCUAAGCGAUGUACAUGUAUUGCAUUUUUUUGUAAAUAAAGAGUAUGCAAAGAAAUGGACUCUGUUUUUUGGAGACAUAAGGAACAUUUGAUUAGUGCUCUGUGGAAGAGUUUUAGUUAUUAUUUGUUCAUAGUAAUGUUACAGGGCUGCAGUUUGACAAUGAGUUCAAAGCAGGUAAAUGAAGUGAUAUGGAAAAUUUUGAUCUUAAAUAACACAGUUGUGUGGAAUAUUUGAAUAUAUUUUGAGCAUAGCUGCACACAAGGAAGAUAUUUUUGUGUUUGCUUUACCAGUUGCAAUAUUAUGGAAAGU